GCAGCGGCGGUGCAGUGACGCGCAGCGAUUGGGUGAGAGAGGAGCUAAACUGAAUUGUACAGUAAAAAAAAGACAAGACGCCGACAUCAAAAACAACAGCUGCGGCCACAUGAGGCCAACUAAGGACACACUCGCACUUUUCGGGCGCAAGCUAUAAUGAUUUCGGAUGUCACGAUGGCUGCACACUUUACUAUUUCCGACAGCGAGUCAGAUCCAUCAGAGGAGCUGGAGGAAGGAGAAGGACAAAAUAACCAAUCGUCAUCUGUGCAAGAGCAGCAGCUUCUUCAACGCCACUCCCUUACCCUACCUGAGCUCCGACUGCCAGGGACUGGUCGAAUAAGGCUGAACUCAGAGUCCCACGCCUCAACCGUCUCCAGAGACGAGGAGCUCUGGCCAGACGAGGCUGGUACGCCCACUGACGGAGCUCCGUUCAGAGUACGGUCCAAGUCGGCGCCCCCCGCUUUGUGGGCAGCCAAGAAAUACGGCCGGCAGCUCCGAAGGAUGAGCGACGAGUUCGACAGCCUGCUAGACAAAGGGGAAAUGAAGAGGGUGAGGAGUGCUGGGACGGCCAAUCAGAUGCACCACUCUAGGAGCUGGUGGAGCUACCUCUUUAGUCACCAGGAGAUGGAGGGAGAGAACAAUCUCCACGAAAACCACACGCAACGCACUGAAUAGGCAACGAGAGAGGAAAUAAGAGUGACGCAGGGUUCAAGGAAUCGAUGGGGAUCAGAGGAAAGCAGUGGGGAAGCCAAGAGAACAUUGAGAAGAGAACAAAAAGACCUGCUCUGAGAAGGGACGGAUGAAAGGUUGGUUAGAACAAACAAAAAAAACACAAAAGGCAUGGCUAAGCGUCCCAUCCUAGUCAUGUCAUUUUUAUACGACAUUGGUAACUACAUAUAAAUAAACUUGUUUUGUAUUUGUGUUGGUUGUGAUGUUAAAGAUAUUGCUGAGCAGCACACUGUGAAAUGGUAAAGGUCAGUCAGACGUGAGGAUAGACUGUUGGCGAUCUGAACCCCAUAGAAUGGAUACAAUGAUGGGCCAAGAGAGGAGACAUGAUCUCUUGAACACAAAGAAAGAUAGAAAUGGAUCUGAGCGGUGACCACUUACUACUUCAGUUGUCUCUCCCAUCAACAUUAUGCAAUAUACUGUAGAUGGAGAGAUUCAUGCACUGAACUCAAAACACCUGACUUUAAGAGGGCCACUUUGAAUACUGAGAAUUUCCUUCCUCCACUGCAGUGGUGUGGCAAAAUAACCUGCAGGCAAGAGUAUAAAAGGGAAGGAUUUUUUAAUAUAUUCAACUAGGGGCCAUUAUCCAACUUCCUGUUCUACAACCUGCAAGCCAGUACCAUUUAAACGACCAUACUUGACUAUCAUUAACUGCUUUAUAUCUCAAAUUUAUCAAAAGAAGAACAAUCUUGUACAAGGACAAUCUCAGAUGAUACAGAAAUACUAUCUUUUGUAAAACUUCAGGGUUAGAUUAUAUCUGGAGAAAAUGACAUUAAACGUACAUAUUAAAGCACAAACCAAUAUGAAUCUAUCUUUUUCAAGUCUUGGAUGAGCAAAGAAAAAACAGACUUUGUAACUUUUAUGUGUAAAUAUGUUGUGAAUAUUUUAUCAAAUUUCAGGGGUGGGGGGUUAUGAGCGACGUGGUUGAGCCAGAAGUUUAUUUGACAAGUUCCUAUUUUACAAGGGGGCCAUGCUAUUUAAUAAGUUUGGCCAACCUAGCAAUAGGCAGUGUACAAUCCAUGGCUGUUGUGAUAAAUGUUGAUGUGCUUAUUUAAAGAUGUGGGUGGGGAUGAACUAACUGCUUUACGAGGAGCCAACACACUAGCCUUUGGCCUCAUUUAUUCAGUACCAGUGUGUAUAGAAGAUGGGUUUAGAGAGUCUAAGUCACAUUGAAACACAGGUGGAGAGGAUGUAAACUUGGCUUUUCCAAACUAUUUGUGAAGUUUGUUGAAUCAGUUGCCAGUCCUGUUGGGUUUAUAGAACAAUUAAAUACAAGUUAUUCACUCUGAUCUGCAUUGGGAUGUGAAUAAAAUGGAAUCUCAUUCUAUCAGGGUAGGAGUGCUGAUCUGAGGCUACAUUUGCUUUUUAUGUAUUAUAUUCAGGCUUUUUAAGACUACUCCGCACAUACUACACACAAUAUGGCAAUUGUGGGUGUUAUUCAUAUUAAUGAUAUCAAGCCACGAUCAGCACUUCUACACAGCUUGGUAAAUAUGAUGAGGCUAAUUGUGACUUGUUUAUCGAUAUGUGAUUAUUGAACAUGGUAAUAGGUUUGUUCUACUUAUGUCUUACUCUCUUCCUCUCGACUUGUAGGGUUGAGUUGUGAAGUGCUCGGGUGUGCAUGCUAAGGGGCUGCAUUUGUAUUGUCUUAAAAACUUUUCUCCUACCUUUUUUUAAAGCUUUUUCCUAAACUUGGUUAAGUUUUAACCAUUUUUUUUUAAUCAGAGCAUUCUAGACAAUCUCAAUGGCACCACCAUUUUUUAAGAUUCAUCGUUUGGUGUCAUGCAACCCUGACUCUGUAAGACAAAUUCACUGAAACAUUUUGGUAUCUGGUAUCAAGCUCCCGACUCAAUUAAUGCAGUUAGACUAUGCUGUUACAUUUAAGAAACAAAAGAAAAAGUGACUCCUCCACUUUAUGCUAUUGGAUUUCUCACACACACACUAAUAGGGAAAUUAGGAAUGAGUAAUAAAGUAAUUGGGCCCCAUGAGAAGUCACUGCUACUAGACCGUAGCUGUACUUUGACACAAGCAGUAAAGUUGAAUCAGUUGGCAAGAAUAUGUACAUGUUGUAGAGAGUUCGGGGCCAGAUAUGGAUAUGAAAUGUAAGAGUUUAAUAUUGUCAUGAACUGCCUUGAACAUGUUGUAACCUGUGAUGUGACGCCUCAUAACCAGCCUUGUCUGUUUACUCAAUUACCGCCUUAAACUUUACAGCUCGCUGUCACCUACUGCGCUAGAGAAAAAAAAAAGCACGAUAAUGUGGCGGUGCGUUCGCUGUCACAACUGUGAGAAAAAUAGUAUAAUGGCGAAUGUUGGAAAAGCCUUUUCAGAAGAAGUAAGGUUGUGAUUUUGAAACAUUUGUGGCAGUGAACACACCUCAGAGAGGAAACCUACCUGGGCACCUGGAGCUUUGCGACCAUCCUUGGUAUUACUUGAAUCUACAGAUGUGUGUGUGGAGAAAUUUGCAUUGUAAUAUUUCCUUUUUAUUUGUUGGAUUCCUUCUCAUUUUUUAAUGACUUUUGUAAAUUUUCUCUACAGCUUUUAAACUUCUUGUAUAUGCUGUCCUGAAUAAAUAAUUUUA